AUGACCUCGGCUGAAGACUCGGGCUUUGUGACCCGGGUUCUGAAUGAGGCCCAGUGUUUGAGGACCCUCGGAGGCCGGGACCGUCUCGUGCUCUGGAGACGUCCUGCUGUUUUAUCCACUCGGUUGUCAUCGACUUUGACCUCUCAGGAACAGCCUUCGCCGAGUCUCACAGAGGGUUUUUGUGCUUCUCCGGGGGACAGACUCUGGUUUGAGGUCCCUCGCGUCCCGCCAUCACCUGCUCACACUCCGGUUUCCAUGACGACCCAGCACCAGGGCCCCCGUCCCCGGGCUCACGGGGGGUUCGCCUCCGCCACAGGGACCGGGGCCGAACGCCGCAGUCUCACCGUGUUUCCCAAAAGCAGAGACUAA